AAAAUUUUUUUCUGGUUGAGUUCGCAACUUUUUUUAAAAUGAAUUAUUCAAAUUAUAAGUUAUGGAAAAAUUAUUCUUUUUCCAAAUUUUUCAUAAUUUUUUUGCUGUGUGCAUUGAUUCUUCAAAAUGGUAACGUUGUAAACACUCAUACAGUCGAUGUAACAUCGGACCCAUCAACUUCAACAACUGUCCAAGAAACCACAACUUUACAUCCUACACCUUCAACAACUGUCCAAGAAACCACGACAUCAGAUACAGAGACUUCAACAACUGCCCACAAAACCACAACUUCGGAUCCAACAACUUCGGAUCCAUCAACUUCAACAACUAUCCACAAAACCACAACUUCGGAUCUAACAACUUCAACAACUGUUGAAGAAACCACAACUUUGCAUCCUACAACUUCAACAACUGUCCAAGAAACCAAAACAUCAGAUACAGAGACUUCAACAACUGUCCACAAAACCACAACUUUGGAUCCAACAACUUCAACAACUGUUGAAGAAACCACAACUUUGCAUCCAACAACUUCAACAACUGUCCGAGAAACCACAACAUCAGAUACAGAGACUUCAACAACUGUCCACAAAACCACAACUUCGGAUCCAACAACUUCCACAAAUGUUGAAGAAACCACGACAACAGAUACAGAGACUUCAACAACUGUCCACAAAACCACAACUUCGGAUCCAACAACUUCAACAACUGUUGAAGAAACCACAACUUUGCAUCCUACAACUUCAACAACUGUCCAAGAAACCACGACAUCAGAUACAGAGACUUCAACAACUAUCCACAAAACCACAACUUCGGAUCUAACAACUUCAACAACUGUUGAAGAAACCACAACAUUGCAUCCUACAACUUCAACAACUGUCCAAGAAACCAAAACAUCAGAUACAGAGACUUCAACAACUGUCCACAAAACCACAACUUUGGAUCCAACAACUUCAACAACUGUUGAAGAAACCACAACUUUGCAUCCUACAACUUCAACAACUGUCCAAGAAACCACGACAUCAGAUACAGAGACUUCAACAACUAUCCACAAAACCACAACUUCGGAUCUAACAACUUCAACAACUGUUGAAGAAACCACAACAUUGCAUCCUACAACUUCAACAACUGUCCAAGAAACCAAAACAUCAGAUACAGAGACUUCAACAACUGUCCACAAAACCACAACUUCGGAUCCAACAACUUCAACAACUGUCCAAGAAACCACAACAUCGGAGACAACAACUUCAACAACUAUGCAACAGUUGCAAAAAAAAAGUUGGAGCCAUAAAUUAUUCAACAACCUUCAAAAUUUGAUUGAAAAGAUUUUUAAAAUUUAAUUGUUUUUUUCUGCUUCUAUUGACGUUAAUUGUCUGGAUCCAUUUCAUAACCUUCAAAUCCAGGCUGUUCUAAUAACCACAAAAGAUAGAUCCAACAACGCAAGGAACUUCAUAAAAUCCAAAUUAAAUAUUUUUUCUCAUAAAAAUUUGACACAUAAAAGCUGUUGCAUUCUUUGCAGCUAACGAGAUGCGGCACACAAAAAAAUAAUUCUCUCACCAUUAAUCUAUCGCUUCGCACUCGUUUCAGCAUAAAUUUAUAAUAAAAAUGAGGAGUUGAGGAUAACCAAUAAUUUAAACAUUAUUGUUAAACAUCGAAUUUUAUUGAUGACCACUUAUUAUCACUUUAUUAUUAUUAUUAUUAUUAUUAUUAUUAUUGUUGUUGUUGUUGUUGUUAUUUAAAAACACACAUUUUUUUCUGUGCUGUUAUUCUGCUCAUCCACAGUUGCACAUUUAAAUAUUCUUUUUUAUAAUAUAUUUUUAAAAAUGUGAACAUAACAUUAUUGCUGUGUAUAACAACAACAACAACAUGAGUGAGAAUGAGGAUGAAAAAAAGGUGUUAAAAAUAAUUUCCACGUGCGUUUGUACUUUUUUUUAAAUAAAUUAUUUUUUUUUAA